CCGCUCGUAGCGCUACAGUUCCAAUGUUUUCAGAAUGGAGUGGAGGCGUGGUGGCUUUGGAUGAUGCCUCUAAAUAUUAUCUAGUUUUUACUGUCGUGCGCAUUUGGUAGUAAUGCACGCAUUGUAUACGUUUUACAAGUAAAAUCAAUGUUCGACUAAUUGCAAUAUGAGUUCUCGUGGAUCAACUACACUGCUCAAUUUCUUCAUUUUCAACUCUGAAUAUGGACCCCGUGAGGGGGAGGAAGAGAAGAAAAUUAUGUUCUAUCACCCAAGUACAAGUGACAUUGAUACAAAGAUCAAGAAUAUUGGGCUGAGUGAAGCCAUUGUAAAAUUUACAGAGACUUUCUCUGAUAAGCCUUGUGAAAGUGUACACACCCUGAAAACCAGGCAACUCUUUCUGGAACCAGAGCCCAACUUCUGGAUGGUGUUGACUGUCUCGAUUCCAUAUUCGGAGAAAACCAAAGAUGGCAAAUCUUACAUUGAAUACCGUGAAGACGACAUCCAAGACUCGGUGUUCGAGGCAGUUGUCAGGCAGUCCUAUCGAAUGUUUCAGUUCUUUAAUGGGACCUUUGAAAACAUUCUUGACAGAGCAGAGCGCAAUGUCCAGUCUCUCAUACAACGCUUGGAUCAUUUCUUUUCAAGGUAUUUAUUGACACUCCGUCUUCACCAAAGUGACAUCCUAGAUGUGUUCAAUGGCAUCCACUUCCUCCCACUGGACAAGAACACAUACCUCCGCAUCCAGUGCUUCAUCAACCACCUGGAAGCCACCUUCCCAUCAGUCAAGUACACAGCCUUCCUCUACAAUGACCAGCUCGUCUGGAGUGGUCUGAACCAGGAUGACAUGCGGAUCAUGUACAAGUACCUCACCACCAGCCUCUUCCCCUCCCACAUGGAACAGGAGCUACACGGUGGCGGUGGCGGACAGUCUCGCUCCCCCUCAUCUGGACAGACACCACACUUUGCUCAAUUUAUAGCAGGUCCCCCAAGCCUGAAGGAUGAGGGCAACCUCGGCAAAAUCCCCCAUGUCUUCAUCAACACAGAGGAGGAGAACGAGGAGUGUCAGCUGCUGGUGUACAAGGCCAUGAGCUCCAGUAUCUGUAUGCUGGUCAAUGUCAAAAAUACAGUUUCGUUUGACAUGUGUCGGAAGCUGGAUGGAUUUCUUGGUCCACAGAUGAGCAAGUUGUCAUCGGACAUCAGCGAGCAGUACUCCAAGAGGCCUGCCGCUCUCAGCACCACUGACCCCCAGUUUAAGUAUAUAUACUUCAACCACAUGAACCUGGCACAGAAGACCACAGUCCACAUCGAGAUCCGGAAACUGACCGGGGUCAACAUCCCCCAGGAGACACUGCGCCUUCUGGCGGACAUCAACGCUGACCUCACAAGGGGUAACGAGGAUGGAGAAACGAUAGUGAAGACGCUGUCAGACUACUGGGUGGUUGGGAAGAAAUCUGACCAGCGGGAGUUCUAUGUCGUCAUCAAUCAGAAGAAUGCCAAUCUCAUAGAAAUCAAUGAGGAAGUGAAGAAGCUAUGCUCAAUGCACCUGAACAGUAUAUUCUUCCUGGACUGAUACCUGCACUGUGUAAAUAAUAUGCCAUCUGUCUGGAUGCAUGUAUGAAUAAUAUCCCAGCUGCAGAGAUGCCUGGCUGUGGACGGAGCUUGUUGAUGACAGAAGCUUGCUAGUUCUGUUGUCGUGUGUCACAUCCAUAUGGACACUUUAAUUUCAAGAAUAGUAGGAUAUCCAAAUUUGACUUGCGUAAAAAAGCCUACAUGAUGGAAAUGUGCAUUGUGUGAGGUGAGGAUACAGUAGUUGUUGAUGUUUUCAAGAUAUCAAGUUAUGGAUGCCUUGAGCACAGUUACUGGUAGACAUCUAAAAAACAUCCGGAAAAUGUUUUCACCGGAGGCCUUUCCCAAACUUUCACCAACAUUAAUAUGACCUAAUCAUCAACAUAUGUCAAGCAUGUCCUCUCUAACCAUGACUUUCCUCCCACAUUAAGCUGACACGCCGUGAUAUAACUGGAAUACUGUUAAAAGCAGCGUUAAACCCAACUCACUCACUCACUCACACACUCUAACCAUGAGGCUUGACCUACCAACAAUAUCUUUCACAGUAAGGCUACUAGGCUACAGCUGUUAACAAAACAGAUGUCACUAUCACUAAUGUAACACAAUUUGCGUAGAUUAAUGGUAGAUGUUUACAUGAACAAAUUGUAAUUUUCAGAAAUCAACCCAAUUUGAUUGAUGUUUAUCACGGGGUAUACUUGCCAUUGAAAGAUUCAGUCAAGGGAAGGGUAACACAGGUUUAGUGGACACUGAUUGAUCAUGACACCAGAACAAAAUCUGUAAAAAAUAGUUGAAGCAGUUAUUAUUAAAUAAAAGGUAAAUUGUCAUGACAAUUAUUAUGUCAACCAAAAAUAUUCUUGUUUAUUGUGUUGAUAAUCAUGCCCGAAGAUUCACCAACUAUUGUGCUGGUAGAUAUGACUGGAAAGUGAAAUCAUGACAAUGUAGCAGCUGUGUGUGUGUGCAAAUCCACUUCACAUUAGAUGAGAAUUCACUAGAUGUGCAUCACAAGAUGUGUAUAUAUAUAUUUAUAUGCCAGUGCAUUCACAGUAUGUUUAUUCUGCUGUAUAUUAAAAUUAUUAUGGUAUUUUUUGUAAAUAAAUUAUGCUCCAA